AUGACAAAACUCGUUGAAGACCAGUUCUUGCUUUUCUUUCAACACUCAUGUUCUCUCUCUCUCUACUUUCUCUCUCUCUCUACCCCUCGACGUGUCGAACGCGACAACAAGAACUAUCCCAAUGACCAAAUUCGAUCUCUAAUUCGUUUCCACAAUCAUCUUCUUACACUUCCGUAAUCAAAGUUGCAAUCUUUAAGCAAGAUGAAAACAAACCCUCUUGAUCAUCUGUAUUUCGGUUGAGGCGUUUGGGUUUGACGGUUUACUUGCGAUGACGCAUUAAGGAGUGUUUGAACGUAGUUCUAACUUAUACGAGAAAAAUGUUGGAGGGUCCAAAGUUUCAAGGUAUGGUGGGUAUGAAUAACGGGAACGAUAACUUCGUUGAUCUGUCACAAGUAUUCUACCAUAAACUCGGCGAGGGUUCCAAUAUGUCUAUCGACAGCUUCAACAGUUUGCAGAUGAGCAACGGUGGCGGGUCAGUUGCUAUGUCUCUAGACAAUAGCAGUGUCGGGUCUAAUAACGACUCACACACUCGCAUCUUAAAUCACCAAGGUCUGAAGCGCGUAAAAAAUAGUUACUUCGAUGCACAGAGCGUGAGUAAAGUACGAGUCUCUCAAGGUUUAAGUGAUGAUGCUCUAGCUCAAGCUCUAUUAGAUGCUCGUUUCCCGACAGAGGGGCUCGAAAAUUUCGAUGAGUGGACCAUCGAUCUGCGGGAACUUUGUAUGGGACCCGCUUUCGCACAAGGUGCGUUCGGGAAGCUGUAUAAAGGUACUUACAAUGGUGUGGAUGUUGCUAUUAAGCUUUUGGAAAAACCGGAGAAUGACUUAGAGAGGGCGCACCUCAUGGAGCAACAAUUUCAACAAGAGGUUAUGAUGCUUGCAACGUUAAAGCAUCCGAAUAUAGUUCGGUUUAUUGGUGCAUGUCGAAAGCCGAUGGUAUGGUGUAUUGUUACCGAAUAUGCUAAAGGGGGUUCUGUUAGGCAGUUUUUGACGAAGAGACAGAACAGAUCGGUGCCCUUGAAAUUGGCAGUUAAGCAGGCGCUUGAUGUUGCGAGGGGAAUGGAAUAUGUGCAUAGACUUGGGUUAAUUCACCGGGAUUUGAAGUCGGAUAAUCUUCUAAUAUCUGCUGAUAAAUCGAUUAAGAUUGCUGACUUUGGUGUUGCUCGAAUUGAGGUGCAGACCGAAGGAAUGACACCUGAGACUGGGACGUAUCGCUGGAUGGCUCCGGAAAUGAUCCAGCAUAGGCCCUACACACAGAAGGUGGAUGUUUACAGCUUCGGAAUUGUGCUGUGGGAACUCAUCACCGGGAUGCUUCCAUUCCAGAACAUGACAGCUGUCCAGGCUGCGUUUGCUGUUGUCAACAAAGGUGUUCGACCCACCAUCCCAAAUGACUGCCUUCCAGUUCUCGGUGAAAUAAUGACACGUUGCUGGGACGGAAAUCCCGAUGUCAGGCCUCCCUUCACUGAGGUUGUCAGAAUGCUUGAACAUGCUGAAACCGAGAUUAUGACCACGGUUCGCAAGGCCCGUUUCAGGUGCUGCAUGAGCCAGCCAAUGACCACUGAUUGACGCGCGUGGAAGAACACGCCAAUGUAAAAGGAGAAACGAUAGCUGAAAAGGCAUCUGUAUCUACGACGGUAAUUUCUUUCUUCAGAUAGGAUUGAAAAGGGGAAGAAAAUUAUGAUAUGAAGUACUUGUUUUGUUUGUUUCGUGGAUUGUGUUACUGAAUUAGUAGUAAUGGUGGAUAUUUGAUGUAUUUGUACAUGACCUUUCUUGCUAUACCUCAAGAAACUGUUUAUCUUACUUGUGACGUUUAUUUCAUCGACUACUUUUGAAUCUGAUUCUGGUUCUUGUAA